AAGGCAUCCAAGAAAAGAAGAGGAGCACAUCUGAGAAAAGAAGAGGAGCACAUCUGAGAAAAGAAGAGGAGCACAUCUGAGAAAAGAAGAGGAGCACAUCCACGAAAAGAAGAGGAAAACAUCCAACCAGCUGUCCAAGAGUGAAAAUCGCAAUCGUUGACAACUAUGAAUAUGAAAACAUAUCAAGGCUUUCAUUACUACCCAAAAAUACAGCAAGCAUGUGGGUAUCCAACUUCAUUGCUCUGUGCCUUUUGGCUGUGGCCGUGUCCGGUGAGGACAAAAAGCUGAGUACCCAUGCAACCUCCAUGGCAGACACCAGCACAAACCUGGCCUUCAAUCUCUACCACAAUGUCGCCAAAGAAAAGGGACUUGACAACAUCCUCAUCUCUCCCGUGGUGGUGGCCUCCUCUCUGGGCAUGGUAGCCAUGGGGGGCAAAUCCUCCACUGCGUCCCAGGUCAAGAGCCUAUUGAAAGCUGACGCCCUGAAGGACGACCAUCUGCAUACAGGCCUGUCUGAGCUUCUGAGCGAGGUCAGCAACCCUCAGGCCCGCAACGUCACGUGGAAGAUCAGCAACAGGCUGUACGGCCCCAGCUCCGUCAGCUUUGCAGAGGACUUCGUCAAGAACAGCAAGAAGCACUACAACUACGAACACUCGAAGAUCAACUUCCGUGAUAAGAGAAGCGCCAUCAACUCCAUCAAUGAGUGGGCUGCCAAGUCAACUGAUGGAAAGCUGCCAGAAAUUACCAAGGAUGUGAAAAACACAGAUGGGGCUAUGAUCGUCAAUGCUAUGUUCUUUAAACCCCACUGGGAUGAGAAGUUCCACCACAAGAUGGUUGAUAACCGUGGUUUCCUGGUUUCCCGCUCUCACACGAUCUCUGUUCCAAUGAUGCAUCGCACAGGCGUCUACGGCUUCUACGAAGACACAGAAAACAAGCUGUUUGUGGUCAGCAUGCCUUUGGCACAUAAGAAGUCCAGCAUGAUUUUCAUCAUGCCUUACCAUGUAGAGCCUCUGGAGAGACUGGAGAAACUGCUCACUCGCCAGCAGCUGGACACCUGGGUCAGCAAACUCGAGGAGAGAGCGGUCGCCAUCUCACUGCCUAAAGUUAGCAUGGAAGUUAGCCACGACCUUCAGAAACAUCUUGGAGAACUUGGUCUUACCGAGGCCGUGGACAAGUCUAAGGCAGACCUGUCCAAUAUCUCUGGCAAGAAAGAUCUUUACCUCGCCAAUGUCUUCCAUGCCUCUGCCUUUGAGUGGGACACAGAGGGAAACCCAUUUGACACCAGCAUUUAUGGUAGUGAGAAGAUCAGGAACCCCAAGCUCUUCUACGCUGACCAUCCCUUCAUCUUCCUUGUGAAAGAUAACAAGACCAACUCCAUCCUUUUUAUUGGCAGGCUAGUUCGUCCUAAGGGUGACAAAAUGAGAGAUGAAUUGUAACUUUUAGGAUAUUUGAAUUCUAUUUUGUGAUGUUUAAAAUGGUAUUAUUAUUGUUAAUGGUGUGGCUAUUACCUCAUGUGACUAUUCCAAUGGAUUAUCUGUGUUUGGACAAUCUAAGUGAACCUGUCAGUACAAAAACAUCAUUUUAAGGAGAUUGGUGGUAUACAUCAGGAGCAAUGCAAUGCUAUAGGUGAGGAAUUAGAACCCCACAAAUGUACCCAGAGGUUUGACAUCAAUUAGUUCAUGUGCAUAAUUCAAUCAGACACUAUACUUACAUUAAGUGUAGUGUCAUUGAUGUUAAGCUGUAGUAUUGUGGUUUUUAUGAUUGUGCUUGUAGAAGCCCUCUUUAUGAGUAUGUGAGAUCUGUGUAGGGUUUGCCUUAUCUUUAAUGUUUAAAGGGAAAAGGCAGUCCUAUUCAAGUGUUUCUCAAGCACAAUUGUAGGUUCUUUGAUUUCACUUCCAUCAAGAAUUCUUGACUCCUGCACUGAUGCCUGUCUUCUAAAUCCUCCAUUUUGUUAGAUGUCAUGUUUCAUUGUCUUUACCAUACAGUAUCUUUUGAGAAAGUGUGAUUUUUUAUAUAUUCAUUUUCCUUCUGUUUUGUUUUUUUCAAUAAACUGAAAUGAAAAUAUA